AUGCAGUCCUGUCUGUCAGUAAUUCUGUUAUCAAUUAAGGCCAUUUUUAUGGGAGAAUUUAUUCCUGCUUGGAAUUGGGCCAUUUUUGCCCCUCUUUUGUUUUUUGGUUUCCUCCUUGGUGUUGCAGGCAGUUUGCUCGACUCCGGUUGCCAUUGGAACCUUGACUUUGCACUAAACAGACUUCUACAAGAACGAAAAAAGAAAAAGAAGAAGCCAAAUAAGGAUGAAAUAAAGUUUCCUAGGCGUGAAGAGAUCAAAUUUAGAGAUGUUAAACUCCACCAAAGUUGGUCGAUGUUCCCAAGAGUGCUGUGGACGAGGAGUUGGAGAACUUAAACGAAGUUGUAAUGAAGCGUUAUGACGGUGGAGAGUCAAAGGGAAACUUUGACCCCGAAAAGCAUAUAUAGGCUUAUUUACCUGUUAGACUCAAUGAGCAACAAGUGA